AUAAUUCAAAAUGGCCGAUAUCCAAGCUGAAAAAGCUUUCCAAAAGCAACAAGUCUCAUUCAAAAACAGAUACCAAUUAAAAUCUGCCAAAGGUAAAGAAGGUAUCAAAUACUACAAAAACAUCGGUCUUGGUUACAGAACCCCAAAAGACGCCUUUGAAGGUACCUACAUCGAUAAGAAAUGUCCAUUCCCCUCUGAUGUUUCAAUCCGGGGUACUAUCCUUCGUGGUACUGUCAUCUCAACCAAGAUGAAGAGAACCCUCGUUGUCAGAAGAAACUACCUCCCCUACAUCAAGAAAUACAACAGAUUUGAAAAGAGACACUCAAAUAUCCCAGCUCACGUCUCACCAUGUUUCAAUGUUAAAGAAGGUGAUUCAGUUACCAUUGGUCAAUGCAGACCAUUAUCAAAAACUGUUAGAUUCAACGUCAUCAAACACGAAGCUAACGCCGCCUCCAAGAAACAAUUCAAAGCUUUCUAAAUAAAAUAAUAAUAUAAUUUUAUUUUUUAAAAAAAACAUUUAUAUAAAGUUAUUUUUUUGGGCAAAAAAAAAAAAAUAUUUUAAAAACU